UGGCGCAUUGUUGUCACAACCGCAUCGCGUCUUUUUGAAUAAGAUUCACGAAGCUGUCUAAAUUAUUAACCUCACGAUGCGUUUCAUAAUGUGACGAAAGAUUGCUUAAGCAAUAGACAGAGAGGUUCAUUCAGUUUCGUGCAUGCUUCUUCUUUGAGACAGCUUGUUGUCGGUAAACAUCGGUUGUUAGCAUUAGCAAGCUAACAUUUUACUAGCAGACGUUCUCUGUAUUUUCAGAAGAGCGGCACAAAUAUAACGACAAUGGGUUAUUUAAAACUGAUAGAGAUUGAAAACUUCAAGUCUUAUAAAGGAAGACAGAUCAUUGGACCUUUUCACAAGUUCACUGCAAUCAUCGGACCCAAUGGAUCUGGAAAGUCCAAUCUUAUGGAUGCCAUCAGCUUCGUGUUGGCAGAGAAGACCAGUAACCUGCGUGUGAAGACUCUGAAGGAUCUGAUCCAUGGAGCGCCUGUAGGGAAGCCAGCUGCCAACAGAGCCUUUGUCAGUAUGGUGUACCAGGAGGACAAUGGAGAGGAGCGCUCCUUCACAAGGAUCAUCAUCGGUUCCUCUUCUGAGUACCGCAUCAACAACAAGGUGGUGGGCCUGCCUGAAUACAGUGAAGAGCUGGAAAAACUCGGCAUUCUCAUCAAGGCUCGGAACUUCCUGGUUUUCCAGGGAGCCGUGGAGUCCAUCGCCAUGAAGAACCCCAAAGAGCGUACAGCUCUGUUUGAGGAGAUCUCACGUUCUGGAGAACUGGCCCAGGAGUACGACCGGAGAAAGAAGGAGAUGGUGAAAGCAGAAGAGGACACACAAUUCAAUUACCAUCGUAAGAAAAACAUUGCUGCUGAGCGCAAAGAAGCCAAGCAAGAGAAAGAGGAGGCUGAGCGUUACCAGCGUCUGAAGGAUGAAGUGGCCAGAGCCAGUGUUCAGUUGCAGCUCUUCAAGCUGUACCACAACGAGACUGAGAUUGAGAAGCUAAACAAAGAGCUGGGCCAGCGGAACAAGGAGAUUGACAAGGACCGUAAAAAGAUGGACCAUGUGGAGGAGGAGCUGAAGGACAAGAAGAAGGAGCUAGGCAGACUGAUGAGGGAGCAGCAAACCAUUGAGAAAGAGAUCAAAGAGAAGGACUCUGAGUUGAACCAAAAGAGGCCGCAGUACAUCAAGGCCAAAGAGAACACUUCUCACAAGAUCAAGAAGCUUGAGGCGGCACGUAAAUCGUUGCAGAAUGCCCAGAAGAUGUACAAGAAACGCAAGGCUGAUAUGGAUGAGUUAGAUAAAGAGAUGAGGGCAGUGGAGCUGGCCAAGCAAGAGUUUGAGGAGCGCAUGGAGGAGGAGGCGCAGAGCCAGGGCCAGGAUCUUACCCUGGAGGAAAAUCAGGUCAAGCAGUACCAUCGUCUCAAGGAGGAGGCGAGUAAACGUGCAGCCACAUUGGCACAAGAGCUGGAGAAGUUCAACCGCGACCAGAAGGCCGACCAGGAUCGUCUUGACUUGGAGGAGAGGAAGAAAGUGGAGACAGAGGCCAAAAUCAAACAGAAGAUUCGAGAAAUUGAGGAAAACCAGAAGCGUAUUGAGAAAUUAGAGGAUUACAUCACCACCAGCAGGCAGUCUCUAGAUGAGCAGAAACGCAUGGAGGAGGAGCUGACCGACGAGGUGGAGAUGGCCAAGAGGAGGAUUGAUGAGAUCAACAUGGAGCUUAACCAGGUAAUGGAGCAGCUGGGAGAUGCCAGGAUCGACAGGCAGGAGAACAGUCGCCAGCAACGCAAGGCUGAGAUCAUGGAGAGUAUUAAAAGACUCUACCCUGGCUCUGUGUAUGGUCGUCUAAUUGACCUGUGCCAGCCCACUCAGAAGAAGUAUCAGAUUGCUGUGACCAAAGUGUUGGGCAAGAACAUGGACGCCAUCAUUGUUGACUCUGAGAAGACUGGCAGAGACUGUAUUCAAUACAUCAAGGAGCAGAGAGGAGAGCCUGAGACUUUUCUUCCUCUCGACUACCUAGAGGUAAAACCAACAGAUGAGAAACUGAGAGAACUGCGAGGAGCCAAGCUGGUGAUUGAUGUGAUUCGCUACGAGCCUCCCCACAUCAAGAAAGCCCUCCAGUAUGCUUGUGGCAACGCCCUGGUCUGUGAGAAUGUAGAAGAUGCACGAAGGAUUGCUUUUGGAGGGCCAUACAGACACAAGACUGUAGCCCUGGACGGUACCCUGUUCCAGAAGUCUGGAGUCAUCUCUGGAGGAGCCAGUGACCUGAAGGCCAAGGCCAGGCGCUGGGAUGAGAAGGCGGUGGAUAAGCUCAAGGAGAAGAAAGAAAAACUCACUGAAGAGCUCAAGGAGCAAAUGAAAGCCAAGAGGAAGGAGGCAGAGCUGCGUCAGGUGCAGUCUCAGGCACACGGUCUGCAGAUGAGACUGAAGUACUCCCAGAGUGACCUGGAACAGACAAAAACUCGUCACCUCUCCCUCAACAUGCAGGAGAAGUCUAAGCUGGAGAGUGAAUUGGCAAACUUUGGCCCUCGCAUCAACGACAUCAAGAGAAUCAUCCAGUCCCGUGAGAGGGAAAUAACUGACCUUCGGGACCGCAUGAACCUGGUGGAGGAUGAGGUGUUUGUGGAGUUUUGUAAGGAGAUCGGAGUGAGGAACAUCAGAGAGUUCGAGGAGGAGAAGGUGAAGAGGCAGAAUGAGAUUGCAAAGAAGCGUCUUGAGUUUGAGACCCAGAAGACCCGUCUUGGUAUCCAGGUAGACUACGAGAAGAACCAGCUGAAGGAGGACCAGGAGAAGGUCAUGAUGUGGGAGCAGACCGUCAAGAAGGACGAGGCUGAAAUAGAACGACUCAAGAAGGAGGAACACAGGCACAUGAAGAUCAUUGAUGAGACAAUGGCCCAACUGCAGGAUCUGAAGAACCAGCAUCUCACCAAGAAAUCUGAAGUCAAUGAUAAAAACCACGAGAUGGAGGAGAUCCGCAAAAAACUGGGUGGCGCCAACAAAGAGUUAACUCAGCUCCAGAAGGAGGUGACAGCCAUUGAGACCAAACUGGAGCAGAAGCGCAGCGACCGUCACAACCUGCUGCAAGCCUGCAAAAUGCAGGAUAUCAGACUGCCUCUUCGGUCCGGAACAAUGGACGAUAUCAGCCAGGGAGAGGGGAGUUCACAGACAGAUGAGUCCAGCAGCCAGAGGACGUCCAGCAGCGUUCUGGCUAAAGAGGCUCUCAUAGAGAUCGACUACAGCAACCUGACUGAAGACCUUAAGGAUGCGCUGUCAGAGGAGGAGAUCAAGGCAGAGACAAACACUCUGCAGCAGCGUCUGAACGAGCAGCAAAGCAUCCUUCAGAGGAUCAGUGCACCCAACAUGAAGGCCAUGGAGAAGCUUGAGAGUGUCAGGGACAAGUUCCAAGAAACAAGUGACGAGUUUGAGGCCGCUCGUAAGAGAGCCAAAAAGGCCAAGCAAGCCUUUGAGCAGAUCAAGAAAGAAAGGUUCGAUCGUUUCAACACCUGCUUCGAGUCUGUGGCCACCAACAUCGAUGAGAUCUAUAAGGCCCUUUCACGCAACAGCAGCGCCCAGGCUUUCCUGGGCCCAGAAAACCCAGAGGAGCCCUACCUGGAUGGCAUCAACUAUAACUGUGUGGCUCCAGGGAAGAGGUUCAGACCCAUGGAUAACCUGUCUGGAGGAGAGAAAACUGUCGCUGCCCUGGCUCUGCUCUUUGCUAUUCACAGCUACAAACCAGCCCCCUUCUUUGUCCUGGAUGAGAUCGACGCUGCUCUGGACAACACUAAUAUUGGCAAGGUGGCCAAUUACAUCAAAGACCAGUCGGUGCAGAACUUCCAGGCCAUCGUCAUUUCUCUGAAGGAGGAAUUCUACACCAAGGCAGACUCACUCAUCGGUGUUUAUCCAGAGCAAGGAGAUUGCGUCAUCAGCAAAGUGCUCACCUUUGAUCUGUCUCAGUAUCCUGAUGCCAACCCGAAUCCCAACGAAUAGGACAAGCACUCCCAACACUGGCAUUUUGGCAAGUCGGGUGUUCCAUUUGCUACUCUUUACUCUGUAGUCACAGAUCAUCUUUCAUUAGGUCCCACAUGUUAUUUCCUAUUGUUUUUUAUUAAGUUUGUGUAUUUUUUGGAUAUGCUACUGUAGUGAAUUAGUGUUUUUUUUUGUUUUGUUUUUUUAAAGUUGUGAGGGGUUGUUCUUUAUAGAUAGCGACAACCAGGAUGUAUGUACAUUAUUACAAGCCAGCCCUUUCUCAAUUUGGCCAUGCAAUACUGAUAAUUAUAGUGAAUAAAAAUGCAUUGUAAUCAAGUUAAAAUGAAACCUUUUUAACAGACUGUAGAGUUUGUAUCAUGCUUCUUUCAUGUGAUAAAAUGUGUGAAUCAAUUUCAGAGGUUUUAUACUGUUUCUGGCCCUCUUUCCAAUGGUGUGCUGUAAAGCUCUUGCCUGUCCUCUGUUGUGUGUACUAAAAGAUGUAUUUGCAUUUUCAUACGUGCUACUUUUUUUCUUUUUUCUUUUUCUUUUUUAAAGCUCAAUCAGGAAGCUGUUGUUACAGUACGGUGGAUACAUUCCCGUGUGUGAUAGCUGAAUAAAACCCCUAGUCAGCUGCGUACGGUGGUGCUAUAAUGAGAUCAUGGAGUUUUGUCAAAACUGUCACCAGAAAAUGAUUGGAAAGGAAAUAUGCUGAGCUAAUAAGGCUGAAUGAAUAACGACGGUCUCUUUAUAUUCCCUCAGUACCAUUCUGAGUCAGCUUUAGGCAAAUGGAAAACUCAACAUGAGUAAGAGAAAAUUCUGUCAGGUCUGUUUUAUUGAUCGCUUGGCUUCAAUAAAUAAAAUUUGAAUAAUUUAA